UCUCUAAUUUGUUUACGUUUCUUGCUUUGCCAGACUCAAAUUUGCUCUGCUCAAAUUUACAAUUCUCAAAUCUCUCGCUUCUAUCAUCAGCCAUCUCUCAAUAUAAAAGAUGUUGCGCAUUAAGCAGGGCGCCAAUGUGGAUCCCAUCGAGCUGCGUGCCAAGGACGAGGUGCGUGCCAGUUUAAUUGUCUUUGCCGUGAUCGUUGCCAGCAUAAGGAUCAUACCUGCGAUAAUACGCAAAAUUUCCGGUUAAGUUUCCAGUCAAGCUUUAAAUAAUUAUUUGCUAUGCUGCGUAUAGCGAAAAUGAAUCCUUAGCGCUAAAUAAAUGUUUAUGAUAGCGAAACUCUGUUGGCUUCAAUUCUAUAAUCUUUCAAAGCACAUUUUGCUUGCUUAUUAUA